AGAUCGUGUUUUGGUACACAACUCACCCGGAAGUUGGCUCGCUCAGAGAAGAUAGCAUGAUGGCCAUUAUAUUCGAAUGUCUUCUUCUUCACCUGCACAAAAGUCACCAAACCGAAAAAAUAAUUCAAGUUGAGAGGGACACACAACAGAAUUUGAAGCAUCAGUGCAUCUAAAAAAAGUCGGUGUCAAUGCACACAUUCUUUAAAAUACCGUAUUCUGUUGUACUUUUGUAUGUUGAGAACGCCUUAUUGCUAACGUAUACUAGGCAAAUAAAAAUCAAAAAAACCUUCGUUUUAAGGAAGGGAGUCAACAUCUGCCAACAAAUGACUAAUCGUAAAAAUUAGUUUUUUACAGUGUCUCAUCAGUUGAUUACAGCAUCUCCUCCUGGUCAAAUCAUUCACUGCAUGAAAUACCGAUACUCUUGUGCACAAUUUGACUCUGGUACAUAUUUACAAGGGUAACGAGUUGAUUGAUUGAGUUGGUGGUGUGAUUAAGGCAAAAUCCGUAACGGUCGGAAUUCUCUUGAAAAGGCAAAAUGUUGCUGCAAAAUCUCAAUUUUAUAUCAAUUUUGACAGUUCUAUAUUUAGUAUGUUUUGGUCUGUGUGAUGUGUCCGUACCGCCAUCGCCAUCGGAGGAUGAGGGUUCAUCAUCUCUCAAAAAAGGUGUCGAAAUGGGGCGAGCGAUUCAAUCUGUUUUAAAUCCGUUGGGGGAAGUGUGGCAAUCUGCCAGUCGAAUGUUGGGGAAAAACGUGAAAAAGUUCCGAGAAAGUUUACAUGAAGGAGUAAAAGUAGCAUAUUUGCUGCAGGAUGAUGUUAGCGAGGGCGUAGCAAAACUUAUCAAGAAAAAUCAGCAAGACACUUUGCCACAUAAUUCACAGCAAGAGUCGAUGGAUGAACAACAGCUUCUACGGGAGGGAGUCUUGGGUGGGUUGUUGAAGUUGGUGGGUGUAAAUUCCAAUCAGUUGGGCGUUAUUGCCCUUAACGUGCUCAUCAUCGUGGCAGAGUGGAUCACAUCCUCACUGAUGGGAAACAAUGAAAACGCCGUUGCAACUAGUCGCAUGGUAAAGGAUAAUUUGGUAGAAUGGGUAGUAAAAGGCAAGAAUACAAAGGUUGAAAAAAUCCUGCGAGACGCAAAGAGCCAUUCUCUCCCUGAAAAUAUUAUCAAAACGCUGGAAGCCCAAACUGGUAACUCUACUGCCUGUGUACAAUUGUUGAUUUGCAAAAUGUCCCCGAUGAUUUGGGGUGUACAAAAAACGGUACAGAAGCAGCUUCAGAAUAAGACUCACAACGAAACAACAGGUACGGGUCGAUCUUCAGAGUCCAUGUUGGAUACGUUUCUGGGGACGCUGCCACAAAAAUCUGCCUUCAUUAAUUUCGGUGACCACUGUGAAAAGCGAUUUCCAUUUUGCAAACUGUUAAAAUUCAGCAGUCCUGCUAAAUAAUUAGUUCAGUCCAAUAAUGGUAUUGUAUAGAUUUCUAGUUUUCACAAAAUUAAUUUAGUACUUAUUUGGAAUGGGUGUAGGAAUUGAUUUGUUGUUGAAACAAUAAAACAAAUUUAUUUUA